AACAGUGUGGAGGCAUUUAGGACCCAGGGGAAAGCCCGUCUCGGUAUAGAAGGAGUCUCGGGCGCACACCCCUCCCACCAUAACCAGAGCCCCGUGGAGCCUGAGCUCUCAUUCACAGCCUUCUAGAGAAAUCUGAGCCCGAACCUGCCAGAAUAGGCGAUCUCACCCACUCAGCUCAGCAGCGAAGACACCUGCAGAAACACAUUCCCAAAGCAAGGCUGAGCGGCCGUGUAAAGGAAGAGAUGGCUGCCGUUUUGCUCCUCUUUGGGAUGGCUACCACCAUAUAGGACCUGAAUGUCCUACUGCUUCCCAGGAACAGAAAGGAAACCCUCUAUUUCUCUGUUUCGGUGGUAGUAAAAAAGCUAUUGAAUGGGCCUGAAUUUCAGCAAACUAUCAGGUGAAUGGGACCUGUCUCCUUUCUUCCAAAAUAUCAGAAAUUAAGCAGUUUGAGAGGAGAUUUGGCCAAGAUGACUCACUUACAGGCUGGACUCAGUCCAGAGACUAUAGAGAAAGCCCGCCUGGAACUGAAUGAAAACCCAGAUGUUUUACAUCAGGAUAUUCAGCAAGUCAGGGACAUGAUCAUCACCAGGCCUGACAUUGGAUUUUUACGUACAGACGAUGCCUUCAUCCUGAGAUUUCUCCGAGCCAGGAAGUUUCACCAAGCAGAUGCCUUUAGACUCCUGGCCCAGUACUUCCAGUACCGCCAGCUAAACCUGGACAUGUUCAAAAACUUCAAGGCUGAUGAUCCUGGCAUUAAAAGGGCUCUCAUCGAUGGGUUCCCUGGAGUGCUGGAAAACCGUGAUCACUACGGCAGGAAGAUUCUUCUGCUGUUUGCAGCCAAUUGGGAUCAGAGUAGGAACUCCUUCACAGACAUCCUGCGUGCCAUCUUGCUGUCAUUGGAGGUCCUCAUUGAAGACCCAGAGCUUCAGAUAAGUGGUUUCAUUUUAAUCAUAGACUGGAGUAAUUUUUCCUUCAAGCAAGCCUCCAAACUGACACCUUCUAUCCUCAAACUGGCCAUUGAAGGGUUGCAGGACAGCUUUCCUGCUCGCUUCGGAGGAGUCCAUUUUGUCAAUCAGCCCUGGUACAUUCAUGCGCUGUACACGCUCAUCAAGCCAUUCCUGAAAGACAAGACCAGGAAGCGGAUUUUCCUGCAUGGAAACAAUCUGAACAGCCUCCACCAGCUAAUACAUCCUGAAUUUCUGCCCUCUGAAUUUGGAGGAACCCUUCCUCCUUACGACAUGGGAACUUGGGCCCGGACGUUGCUUGGUCCUGACUACAGCGACGAAAAUGACUAUACUCACACUUCCUACAACACAAUGCACGUGAAACACACGUCCUCCAGCCUGGAGAGGGAAUGCUCCCCCAAGCCGAUGAAGAGGUCUCAGUCUGUGGUAGAAGCUGGGACCCUGAAACAUGAGGAGAAAGGAGAGAAUGAGAACACUCAGCCGCUCCUGGCUCUGGACUGAACCCCGGUCACCCUGUGUCCCUGCAUAAUGCCAG